AUGUCAUUUCAAAAUUCUGAUAAAUUCAGAAAUGCAACAUAUACUAUGUGUAUGACCUUAUUGAAUGAGCAAAACUCUAGUAGCAAAAGAUUUGAGGUAACUCGUCUGACUUCCUUUGGUGUUACCUUGAGAGUACACUCGGCUUCCAGAACAACUUCUAUCAGGGUCCUUGAUAUAGCAGCAUCAGCAUUCGAAUUAUUGGCCAAUUUGAUGGAGCAACCACUACCUCUGAAUAAGAUGGAUUUUAUUCUCGUGCCAGAUUAUGAUGGAGGGAUGGAGAACUGGGGACAUGUUCUGAUUUCAAGAGAGCUGGCAACUUCUGGAGAUGAUGCUCAUCUUACAUAUGUAAUUGCUCAUGAAUUAGCUCACCAUUGGAUUGGAAAUUUGGCUACUGUAGAUAGCUGGCAAUAUGUGUGCCUUCAGGAAGAUUUGACUGAUUAUAUUGCUUAUAAAAUAGUUCGGGCUCUACUAUCGGAUGAUGAAAGAUAUGCACGUUUCCGGCUCUCCAAGUAUGUGGAGAUUCAAUUGGCAGAAGAUUUUAUAUCUCCUGGACAUUCUCUCUUAAUGCCUGAAGCAUUAACAAAAGAAAUGAUUUCUUCGCAUUGUUAUUUGAAAGGAGUUACCUAUCUCGAAUCGUUGGAAUCAGUUGUUGGGGAAGAAUACAUGUUUACUGUUAUUCGAAAUUUAGUUUCUCGUUAUCCGUCCUUUAACCUAACAACGUUCACAACAUAUUUUGAAGAAAUUAAUAUCGAAUACAAUAUCACCUUGGGACAGGUUUACCAAUAUUGGUUCACAACUGGUGGAUUACCGGCUGUUUAUGUACAAAACAAUGGCUCGACUUCACAAAUUACUCAAUACUCAAGUGUACUUUGGCCUCUCAGGAUCGCAGCCACAAAUCCUAACAUUACUCCCCUUCCGGACUUCAUGUUCACGCAAACUCUGCUCCAUUCAACAGAGCCAAUUAUUCUCAAUCUGAACUUCACUUCAUUCUUGCGAGUCAAUUAUGAUCUUGAUACUUGGUCCUCUAUAUUCAAUUUCAUGUCCAGGGACCCCACUAUAUUUUCUACUGUAGGUAGAGCUCAACUUGUUUCUGACUUCUGCUACUUCUACUCUCAAGCUCAAAUACCAGGAAGUUCCGAAUUGAGAGAUACGGUUAUAGACAUAGUGUAUAGUCAUCCAGAAUCUUUCGAUCUAUGCGAUUGGAAUCUGUACUGGUGCUACUCAUCCAACGAUGUUUCGUUGUUCUCAACUAUUAUCCGUCAACUCAUGAAUGGGUUGACAAAUCUGUUCGAAUAUGAUUCAGCCUUUGGCUGCAGAAAAGGACACGCAGUGAAAAGGGUUAACAGCUUCUGUGACUCGAUCUUCGGGAAAAAAUGUAUUUGA